AUGACGUCUACUUCCGUCUGCCAUAUUGUCUACAUAGUGCUGUUUCAUAAACGCACUAGGUUUACUUUAUGUACAAUCAUGAUAGCAAAUUGGUUAAUAAAAAGUUUCCGUACUACAUAUAAUACUGGAUAUAAUAUAGGCUCAUAUAUGUUUAUGCAAAGUCGAGAUUAUGCAGCUAGGAAAGGAACAAGAGAGAAAAGAAGAUUAAAACUCAAAAAGAAAAAAGUUAAAACAGUAAUUGAACAAGUAGGAUAUGUCCCAUAUAAAAAGGAAAAAAUAAUAAAGGCAGAAGUUUGUCCACUAAACACCAUUGAUGAAAGUUGGAAAUGGAAAGCAAUCGAUAAUGUAUAUAUAAUAAAAUAUCAUCCACAACCAGUGUAUUCUUUAAAAGAGGCUAUAGAAAAUCAUCGUGAAACACAUCAUCCAACUAUGCUUAAUAAACCUAAUGCAAUUGUUAAUGCAUUUAUAGAAUUAAAUAUGAGGCGCGAAAAGAAGAAUAGGUAUGUUGAUAGAUUUACGAAGGUCAUUGAUACACCUCAUAUAUUUACAUGUGCGGAAAAUAGUAGAACAGUAUUAGCCUUUUCCAAGAAUUUACAAGAACAAGAAAAUGCCAAAAAUGCUGGAGCUGAUUAUAUUGGUGGUGUUGAAUUGAUAAGAAAAAUUCAAAAUGGAUCGUUCAAUUUCAAAGAGUAUGACUAUGUCGUAGCUCAUGCAGAUAUUUUAUCUGAUUUAUUACUAAUUAGGGGAUUAUUGAAAAAGAAAUUUCCAAAUAUUAAAUUAGGUACAUUGGGUAAUAAUAUAAAUCAAUUAGUUAAAAAAUUUAAAAAUGGAAUUAUAUACACUGCACAGCCUCAUAAAAUUUUCAAAGAAUAUGGCGAAAUUAGUACGACUUUUGGCUUGCUUGAUAUGGACAUAAAAGAACUGGAAGAAAACUUUUCUUCUCUAAUCAACGAUGUUGAAUCAAUGAGACCAAAACGUGAUGGAUUAUUUAUUGAAAGAGUUCAAAUUAAGAGUGAACUUUCUAAUGAAUCUUUUAAAAUUAACUACCAGGAAUAUCUUAAAACAAGUAAUAACGAAGAAAUAAGUAAAGAAGAAGAAGAAGACGAACAAACAGCAAUUAUUGCUACACAUUAAUUACAUAAUGUAGCAUAAAUAAAAUUGCAGUUGAUGCAGUAAUAAUUUGUUUUACUCCAUACUAAUCAAUAACGUUAUAAAAAUAUUACUAAUGGAUCAGUUUUGCUUUCUGGAUACUAUAAUAUAGUAUAGAAGAUAAUUAUUAAAACUGACAAUAUAAUUCGAUCGUGUUUUUGAAGCCUUGAAAGAUUGUCGGGAAUUAAUUUUUUUUCAGCAGAGAUGAAGAAUCCUUGCAUUGAAAGUUCCAAUGUACUCUGAAAUCAAAAUCCAAAAUGAAAUUUAACAUUUGAAUUGAGAUGAAUUUGAAAUUAUUAGUAACAUUAGUAAUAUUUACUAAUAAUUUGGGGGAGAUGCUAAUUCUAUUGAAGUGCAAGCAUGUUAUAUAAUUCGCAAGCAGAAAAGAAGUGAAAAAAACUUAAAGCUUGAUACAUACACAGGAUUCACUCUGUUUGAUUAAAUAUUUAAUUAUUUAAAAUGUACGUAUUCACAUCAUCGAUAACUACUGAAAUCGCGAUCUAGCAACAAUUCUUGCAUAUUUUAUUAAAUCGAAACUGAAUCAAUGAUAUGAAUGUAUUUCUCAAUUCAUCGUUGAUCAACCCGAGAUUUUUCGUGAUAAAAUGAAUAU